UAGUAUUGUUUGUUUUGUAUUUAUUUGUUGUUUGCAUUUUGUUAAGAAGCCAGUUUGGGACUCUUCAAGGGACUGUUUAUCUGCAAUCAGGACAAUGCAGCAAUGGCCAUUAAAGGGCUUUCAAUGGAUGCCAUGGAACAGGGGAAGGUUCAGGGAGAGGCCUUGGCUUGUAGCACAGAAGGAUCGUCAUCACCAUUCCUUGUACGCUUCCAUGCAGGGCAUUUCAGAAUCAGCCUUGGCCUCAGCAGUCAAGCACUCUUGUUGCAAACCCUACAAAUUUCAGAAUCCUUCCAUUUAGAACCCAGAUUAUAUGAACAACUCCUAGUUAUAAUCUGGUUAAUCUCAGUCUUCAUCCUCAUGAUAUUCUCUUCAUUCUACUCCGUCAAAUGCAUUUUCUACUUUGAAGCAGUAAAGCAAGAGUACAUGGAUAGAAUCAGAGUAAACUACUUGUUUGUCCCAUGGAUAUCUGCCAUGCUCUUAACCUUGAGCACUCCUAAGUCUAUAUCAGACCACAUAAACCCUUUUUUUCUUUUUAUCUUCAUGGUACCUCUUCUUGCUUUGGAGCUGAAAAUUUAUGGGCAAUGGUUUUUGGGAGGCAAAAGCAGAUUGCUAUCCAGAGUUGCAAAUCCUUCAACACAAAUAUGUGUAGUGGGGAAUUUUGUAGGAGCAACAUUGGCAGCUAAAUGUGGGUGGAAAGAAUCAGCUGUGUUUUUGUUUUCUGUGGGGAUAUCACACUACAUUGUAUUGUUUGUGACACUUUAUCAGAAGCUUCCUUCCAAUUCUUCCAUUCCAAAGCAACUGCAUCCUGUUCUCUUUCUGUUCAUUGCCCUUCCUAGUACAGCUUGUGUGGCAUGGGAGUCCAUUGCAGGAAGCUUUGAGAAUGUGGCUAGAAUCACAUAUUUUCUAGCACUUUUUUCUUUCAUGGCCCUGGUGGUUCGAAUCAACCUGUUUCGUGGAAUCAGAUUCUCUGCAGCAUGGUGGGCCUGUGCAUUUCCUCUUAAUUCCCUUGCCAUUGCCACAAUUCACUAUGCCCAACAAAUGAGCUCUCCAGUUGUAAAUAUCAUGGCAGACAUUUUUUCUGUAAUCUCUACGCUCUGUGUACUGUUUCUAAGUUUGGCAACAAUAAUUAACAUUCAAAUUGGGUUCUGGAAAAAAUACAAGAGUAUUAGAAACAUUAAUCAUUAGCCGAAGAUAAUCUUCACAGUCUAAAAAAUUUGUGAUGAAAUAAAGAUAAAGUGAUGUUUUGGGUAAGAGAAUAAUUAGCUGAAGGUCCUAGAUUUUUUAUUCUCAAAAGUUCGAUGAUAAAAUUAUUAUGUUACCAGAAGUUGAAAUCUUCAUAUCUUAUACCCUUUGGACCUGGUCAUGAUGUUGCUGAAAGCUCUUUAAAAGAUAUUCAUGAUAUCUUUUUAAUGUUGUUUAAUGGAUUUCUUCCAUGGCAGUCUGAUUUUAAAAGAUAUUCAUGAGAAUGGCACAUGAUGAUGAGGGCAUAGAGGAAUGGUUAUAAGUAAUGUUUUUAUUGCAGCUAUUUCAUUCAAAUUUCUUGCUGAUUUAGUGGGCUUGCUGGUUUAUUAUUUCUAUCGAUUUGUUUUAUUAGUACA